CAGGAUAUGUGGAAGUGAAAUGAAAAUAACAUCUUCGUGUUUUAGUCCCAUUAAAGCUUCUCUGGUCUUUGGUGGCAUGGUAAGUAACUAUGUAUUUAUUUGAUUGUAUGGUAAGUAACUAUUUAUGUCUUUGAUGGCAUGGUAAGUAAGUAUUUAGUUUUCAAUAUUUAAAUUGUGCCUUAUAACUGUAAACUGCUGGUAACUAAAAUAAUAAAAGUACAAAUAUAUUUUAAAGUUUAUUUCUUAAUAUAGCUCAGAAAUAAAAAAACAACAAAGACAUUUUUCAAAUUUUAUUUUGUUUUCAAUUUUUAUUAAAUGUUUUCCUGAUGAAAGAUAAAUUCAUGUGUUAAUAUUAAGACCAAUUUAUAAAAACCACAACAGCAUGAUGGUUCUGUUGCAUUGUGGGAUAUUCGAGAGGGUGGAUCACAACAUCGGAGCAUUAAAAUCGAAGGUCAAGAACAUUUAAUACGCUUCCCUACAUACAAUUCAGGUAUGAAUCAGCUUUAACUAGAAAGCUUGUGAUUAUUAUAUUAAAAGAUACAAACUGUCAAGAGUAUAAAAGUAGGGCUAUCAUGAUAUGCAUAUAAAAUGUCAAUUCUCUUUUGGGUCGAGACUUUAGUCUCUUAUGACCCUGGCUAUGGUUUUGCGUGACCGCAAACUCGGCAGCUUUUAUAUAGAUAUAAAGUACUUGAGUAUGAGAAUUAUAGCAGUAACUAUAAUACAAGUGAUACAGCAGAAAAAGAAUCAGAAAAAGUAUUUUUUGUAAUUGGUUGUGUUCUUUAACAAUUAACAUCUGAUCUAUACAUCUUAUGGAAAUCAAAAUAACUGCAUUCUCAAAUUUUAAUUAGGUACAUCUCUUUGGCUUAAAACUAAAUUGAAAUAUCAGUACUUAAGUUUUAUGUGUUAAAGUUUAUUUUAAGUAACAUAUUUUUUUGCCAUCUUUGAUCAGCACGAGUGCUGGAAGCUGAAAACCAUCACAGUCCUGUUGUGGCCAUUGUUCCUGUAUAUGCGCAUCUUGUUGGGUGAGUUUGAACAGUGGUUCUCAAAGUCUUUUUUGUUCACAACACAAUUUUUCAAUUAUGUGAACACAUUUUUUUACACUUAGCUGCUGAUUGGCUUGAACUGAAUUCUAGCUGUAAAAUUAGUUACACUUUUUAUGAUUAUUAAGGACCCAAUAUGUGUUAGAAAGUUACACAAGUUUUUAUGAUGGCCUCCCCACGUGCCCUUAUUACUCAUAACCUGUACCCCUGUAUGAUAAACUGUUCGAGAAACUAUAUGGCAUCCUUCCGUCUUCGUGAGACAAUGUAGUAGCUAUGUAGUCCUACACUUCGACGUGUGGCUCACUAGGCCAAUCCUAGAAUGACAAUCUCGACUGCAUUUCUCGCAGGAGAAUAUUGAUUCCUGGUAAGAUCUUGACUUCUGUAUUAUUCUUUUUGUUGCAAGGGCCUCGUUUCGCGUGUCUUCUGCCCUUUUUACACCUUCAUACACUGCUGUUCGCCAGAUGGAGCGUUGUUCCGCAAUGAGCUUCCAUUCAUUGUUUUCAAUAUUGGCUUCCCUCAUGCUCCUUUUGCAAAUGUCCAUAAAUCUCAGGGGUGGCCAUCCAAUAAGUCUUGUCCCUUCUGCCAACUCUCCAUACAGCAGCAUCUCUGGGAUACAGCCUUCCUCCAUUCUCGUUACAUGGCCUAACCACAGAAGGCGCCUCUUGCUAAGAAAGGAGUGUAUAUGCUAAACAUGUGUGCUUGUUCCAAGACCUCUGUGUUAGGCACCUUGUCCUGCAAUCGAAUGCAUAAAAUGCGACGCAGACAUCUUUGGUGGAAGUUGUUGAGUUUCCGCUCCUGACUGGUAUAUGUGGUCCACACUUCGCUUCCAUAAAGGAGCGUACUAAGCACACAUGCCUGAUAGACACUUAUUUUUGUUUUAUCAGUUAGAAUGAGAUUAUUCCACACCAGCUUAUUCAGUUUAGCCAUAGUUGCUGCUGCUUUUGCAAUCCUGAUAUUUAUCUCUUCAUCGAGGGAGAGAGAACUAGAAAUAUUUGAUCCAAGGUAUGUAAAAUGCUCAUCAACCGAAAGAUUAUGACCCUCAAUAGAUAUGAUUGGAGGGGACGGUGCUUCUUGCAUCAUUACAUGUGUUUUUUGUAGACUAAUCGAAAGUCCAAACUCUUUACAAGCGUGUGAUUGACGAUGGGCGUCACCGUUAAUCAAACCAGCCCCUGAAGACCUUCUUCUGUGUAAGAUAUUAAGGUGGCAUAGCCAGUGAACAGCAGUUCACGAAUCAGCACCUUUUUUACUUUGGUCUUUGCACGAAGGCGGGCAAUAUUGAACAGAUCUGGUAUGGACGUACACUCCAUCUUCACAGUCCCUGAAGGCAAAUUGAAGAAGCGUUGAGAAGAAAAUGGAGAAGUGCGUUGGUGCCUUUGUACACAACUCUGUUUUACUCCGCUGCUGACUGGGAAUAACUCAGAGACAACGCCAUUGAAAGUUAUCGUGCUGUGCAUGUUAUUGUGAAAUGACUGUAUGAUUGUGAGCAGUCAUGGGGGACAACCUAUUCUUUGCAGGAUACUGAAAAGGCAUCUCCGACUUACCAAGUCAAUGGCCUUUGUCAGGUCUAUGAAAGCAAUAUAAAGUGGCAUAUGCUGUUCACGACAUUUCUCCUGCAUUUGGCGUAAUGAGAAUAUUAUGUCUAUAGUUGAGCGCCCACUCCAGAAGCCACACUGGGACUCUGGGUAGAUGCGUUUGGCCAGACUCUGCAAUCGUUUAAGGGCAACACAGGCAAAAGUCUUUCCAACCAAGUCAAGGAGAGAAAUUCCUCGGUAGCUAUUGCAAUCUCUUCGGUUCCCUUUAUUUUUAUACAAUGUUACAAUGUUGGCGUCUCUCAUGUCCUGGGGAAUGUUUGAGAAACACGGCUCCUUAAAAUAUAUCUGUUAGCAGCACUUUUUAAAUAGCUGAGAUAAAAUUAAGACUGUUCAAGAAAAGGUUGUCAUAUAUUGGAUUCUUUAUGUAAUUAAACAUGAACAAAUGUAAAAUGGACUACUAGGUGUAAGAACAAUGCAUGAUAUAAGUGAAUAUUGUAAGGACAAAUUCUUUAGCUAAAACCUCAUUUGUCGAUGUUUGGUCUGGCAAUGUUGUCACUGGCUGUGUUGACCAUUUCUGGUCACUAGAACAUGCUGAAAAUUUAAAUCUUUAUCAUACUUUAUGUACCGUAAUAUAAAAUCACAUAUUGUAACACUAGAAAUUGUUGCUUUGUUCACAGAUCUUUAAAAGAUGACAAAUUAACAGGUGAAGUUAAAAUUACAGUGAAAUUCAUGCAUUAAUUUUUUAAGUGUACAUUUCUUAUUUGUCAUGGUACUUAUAGCUAUGGUGUAUCUUCAGUUCAUAAAAAAAAUUUCAUGAGUUUGCUUGAUUUUAUUCAAACUUUUGAAGCAUGUAAUGACAAGAAAAUAUUUGUUAUAAUUACUCCAUCAUUAACAAAUGUUCAUGUAUGAAUACAUGAGGCAUGUUUAAUUUGGCUCUAUAUUUAAUCAGAGUCAAGCUCUGGGCUAUCAUUCCAACUUGCUUCAGUUGAGGAGAGGGCUGUUGUCAAUUUGUGGGUAUGUCAGUUAAAAAACCACCUCCAGCUUAAGUUAUUGUUAGUUAUGUCAUGAUUCUGCUCUCUUUUGCAUGUUUCAUUUAUUCUGUUAUGUUUUAGCCAUUUGACAAUGCAUGCAAAUUGUUUUGGAUCAUGGAAAACUCCAAAUAUUGAAAUUUCAAUAAUUCAAUAAAAUGAUUUGCAAUUUUGGGAUUAUCAUUAAUAUGUGAAUAAGCAUUCUGUUCAAAAGGAUUCAUUUAUUUUAAAAAACUGAUCCUGAAUUGUUAAUUUUAAUUCAGAGCCAGCAGUGAGAUGUGUCUUUAGUUCUUAAUUUCAGCAGAAAUGUGUAUACCAUAUACAGCAACGGAAAUGUCAAAUUUGUGUAUUCAAUUUUUGUUGCAAACAAUGAAGUGCAAUUCUUUUUUUAUUUUAAAUUUGGUCAAUAGCAUAAUUUCUGGGUUGUUGUUUUUUUAAAUUUGGCAAGCCCAAUUGUUUUAUACAUUAAUUUAGCCACCUUAUCUUAGAUGAUGCUUUAAACUAUUCCCCACAUAUUUUAAUGGUUAUAAAUUUUGAUCAGGUUGUGGCAGAAAUUGCUGUUCCAGACCCUGCAGGUUCAGAAAAUGACCUUGGCCUUGCACCUGGUGGAAAAAUAAAACUGCUGAGAAGUUCAUCGGUCACACUCACUAAUCCUAACAAGUAAGUCAAGUAACUGAUUAAUUUUAUUUAUUCAGCUUUUCCUCUUGGUUUCAAUUUGUUAAAAACUCUUCAUGUAAAAUUUGCAUUAAUUUCUUGCACAUAAACAAAAUUGUUUUGUGUAUAUUGUCUUAUUUAAUGUUGUCCUUCUCUUUAUAGAUAUUUAUCUACAUCCCAAGAUUUGAAAGCUUUAGAUCUGCGAUUGAAUCCUGGAGACCUCAACCAUUUUUAUGUGGCCACUGAUGCAGUAAGUAAGAAAUCUGUUGAGAGAGAAAAUAUAUUAGGCUGAAAUAUUCAUUCAAUUUGACUGAAAAUUAGGUAAAAAUCAAUAUCUGAAGAAAAAUAAUUAAAGUGCUGUCACAUCUAUAUUCACUCACAGUGCACGGACUGAGACUACCACAAUGCUAAUUACUAACUAUAUAGUAUAUAUCUAUCAACAACAGAGGCGUUGUGGAGUUCAGUGAAAUAUAGUGACUAUCAUUUAUUAUUAAUACACACUCACGAAUAAGCAAUUAUAAUCACAAAUAUAGAAUACUUAUCACAAUCACAACCUAUUCAUUAUCUUAUCAAAUAAUCAAUAUAUUAAUAGCAUGGACUUAAAACAACUGCCAUGAUUCCAUCUUCCAUUGUACUCUCCCCUUUCUCUUCUUUCCUUGGUUCCUCUUCCCAAGUUCCAUACUCUAUCUAUUAUAAGUCCUAAUUCUCACCUCACUUAACUCUCUUAACUCAACUUAGCUCUGUGACAAGUGCCUGUUGGUAUAUUUUCAGGGCUCUGUUGUGCAUGGUGUAAGGUUUGGUAAUAAAGCCUACCCUCAGAGCCAUUCAUCAACUGUUGGUGAGUACAGCCCCUUUGGUAGUGAUUUUUUUUUUAAAGGUCAAUAAUCAAAACAUUUUUUUAACUCAAUCUUUUUCUGCAUUUUAAUUACAGUAAUUAAUUUUUUUCACCUAGGAGAUUGUUGAGAUUGUUCAUAAUUUUAGUUUUACCUCAAUAUACCAGCCCCUCUCAACUGUAAAAGCAUAUCAGUUUUUAUGAAUUGCAUCAUACUGUCACUAGUUGAAAAAAGGUGUAGCAUAUAUUCUACAUGAAAAUUCAACAUUACAAAUCAGAAGAAAUAAUUUUUAAAUCACCUGCCUUCCUUAUGUACCCAUUUAAUCAAUUUAAAUUCAUUAAUUUUGAUUGUGGCAAGGGAGGGUUGCAGUAUCUUAUACUAGAUACCAUUGGUUGGCAUGUUUCACAAUUAAUUAUUAUGUUGUUUCCUUGUAUCUGUAUAGACUCGCCUGUUCCAGUCGUCUCCAUUGAUUUUUCUCCAUUUGGUCAACCUUACUUUCUGGUAUGAUGCAGCAUUAUAUUUAAUGUUCUCUUCUCUACUGAAAACAUUUAAUCUUUUCAACACCCUCCCCCAUUUUCCAUUAUAUUGUGAAUUAGAGCAGUAGUGCUCAACCUUUUUGUGAAUGUGACCAAUGUUCCCUUUAAGCUGCAUGGCUGCACGGCCUCGCAGCUAUCUCAGAGACGCUGCGCAGCAGUUUUGAGUACCGCGCAGUAAAUUUCCAUGUAAGUUUGUGUUUGUGGGCUGUAAAACGUUGCACACAAAAACAUUGAUGCUGUAAAACUUUGCACACAACUGUAUGAUUUUGCACACGAACCAACAAACCUUAGAGGGAACAUUGGAUUGAAUGUGACCCCACUGAAAAUUUGUUUAAUUAUUGGGGUUAAAAGUUCCAAUUUGAAAAAGCAAUAUUUUAUAUUAACAAAUUAAAUUUUAUAUUAACAAAUUAACCAUUAUUAUUAUUGAUAAUUUAAGAAAGAAAACAAAGAGACCAAAUGGCCACCCCCUUACGAACCAAAAAGUCAACAUCCAAAGUUUGCACCCCUGAAUUUAGAGCAUCAGUUUAAAAAAAACAAAGUGUUUGUCAUUUAAAAUUAAUUUCUAAAAACUUCAAGCAAGAGUUCAAGCUUGUCCAAAGCAAGGGAUAUGCACUUUAAAUGUUGUAAAUUGUUUUUUGUCUCUUACUUUAAAAUAAUAUUGCUUUAUUCAUUAUUCUUGUCAAGGCUGGCUGCCAGGAUGGAACCUUAUAUUUAUUUAAUACUAAAAUGGGUAAGUAGAAAUUUAUCUUGAUUUUCAGUAAUUUUUAGUUUUAAAAAAUGCAGAAUUGAAAGAAGUAUUUUGGCUUCAAAGAAUACUUCACAAUAUAAUAUGUGUUAUUGUUAUACAGGAGACAUAAAUUUAUCUUUUUUGUGCUGCAUUUUUGAAUUUGACACAUUUUUGCAAAUGCCUGCAGAAAAACCAGUGGCAGCAUGGCGUGAGUUUAUAUCAGGGGAGACAAUUCUCAGCAUCAGAUGGUCGCAGAGCAGACCUGCUGUGUUUUUUGUUUUGGACAGCAGUUCAGCAGUUUUUACCUUUGAUCUGGUUGAGAAUGGGCUGGCUCCUGUCAAAAUGGACAGAAUUACUGUUGCUAAGUAAGUACCAUAAAAAAUGUACCUAUCCCAAAUACCCGGAAUAAUUGUUUUUAAAUAAAUCAUGUUACACUUCCAAUCAUUUUUUUCUACCAGGAGAGUUAGAGAAUAACUGUAUUUCUUAAAAUGUCCAUAAACAGUCCUUUUAUAUGAGUAUGCUAACAUCUUUUCAUUUUAUUUAUGAUUCUAAAAAUAUCAUUAUCAGUUUAUGAUGAGAAAGUAAUUAUAUAUUUUUAUGGUAAUAAAAUCAUUGAAUAAAAAAUGUUUUUUUUAAAAAAGAAAGAAAUUAUACAAAAUAUAAUAAAAAUAAAACAUGAAUUUUUCAGAGCCACUUGCUUGGAGCUUGGUGGGGAUCCAAAUCUCAUGACAUCUGGGACCUCAAGACCUGCACACAUGGUAAAACUGUUUUUCUAAUGUUUAAAUUUCAGGUGACUUAACAUUUAUAACCCAGGCUCAUUUGUUAUCACUUGAUGCCUGGUACUGGCUCUCCAAGUUUUAUAAACAAAAGCCUGGCAAAUUACUGGAUUAGAUGAUGGAUGUCAACUUUAGAUUAUCCAUGACUGUCCAUUCUGCUUUCAGAUCACAAGCUUUGUAUGACCUUUCAUGUCUAGAUCACAAAUGUACAUAAACAGAUAAACUUCUUGGUUCAUAUGUUCUCUCUGGAGCCUAUACUACUAGUAGAUAAUUUUUGAAGGGUUGAGUUGAUCAAUAAAUGCCAGCAAGAACUAAACAUAUAUAUGAAUUAAGUUGGUCAAGGGAAACCAUUUUUUCUUAUUUAUAUUAUCAGUUAAUAUUGCAGUGAUAAUCCCAAAAGAAUUUAAAGCCCCUUUGAAAAGUAAUCAUUGUGUCGGUGACAGAUUAUUUCUGAUGAUAGUUUUGUUGAUUAACUUUCCUUUGAUGUGCCAGUUAUUCCUCUAUGUACAGGUUCUUGCCCUGGCUAGUGGGGACAUAGAAGUUCUAUCGCUGAAUGAAGAAAUGAGACAGCAGCAGCCUUUAGAAGAGGAAUUCCUGGCAUGUUAUGUGGACAGAUUUUAAUUACAACCUCAAUUGUUUGUUUUUACGCUCUAUUUCUUUUUGUUGAUUAAGAUGUCUUGCUGAGAGGCACAAUUUAAUAGUUACAAGGGUUAUUUAACUGGACUCCACUCUUAGAGGAAGGAAUGCUUUUGUAACUUCAUUUUCAGUAAACUUCAUUUCAAUACUUAAUUUUUAAAAAAUAAAUGCACUGC